AAUGGAAGAAAGCAUCUAUAAUAUAAUAAUAGAAGAUCCACUUCCAUCUAAGAGAUAAAAAAAAUAUAAAUCCUAAUUUCCAGGUACAAUAUAACCAUCUUAUAGUACAUUUGCUAAUCAUUCAAAUGUUAUUUAGGUAUAUUUAUGAGUAUAUAUACUUAAGAUUAAAAAUAUAAGUGGUGAUUACUAAUUAUUAUCUUAAAGAUAUGCAUCUGAAAGUGGAACUAUAGGAAAACCAAAAACAUGUUUAUAAUCAAAUUCUAUUAUUUAGAACAUCUUUCACCUAUUAAACCAAGAAUUAUGGGUACAAAUAAUUUAGAAGAAUGGAUAGAAAAGGGAUCUCUUUCAAGAAGUAGAGAAAUACCACAUUCUCAUAGAAAUAAAUUGAAACCUCUAGUUCCUAGAUCUAUUGAAAAACCUACUAUGGGAUUAUAAUCUAAUAGAAAUUUCAUUGCUACAAAUAAGAUUGAUGUUAUUCUAAAAUGUAAUUUAUAACAUUAUUUUUAGCUCCAAAAUAACAAUAAUAAGAAUUGAAUUGGCUAACUAAAAAAGAUUAUGGUUAAAUACCAUUAUAUUUGAGUCAAAUAAAAGAUUAAAUUUAAUAAUCUUAUUUAGAAGAAUAGGAAAAUGUUAAGCGAUAAUUGGAAGAAUAAAAUGAUAAAUUGUAAAUAUUUAAUAUAAAUUAGAUAAUUAUUAUAAGAAGAAGAAUUAUAAUAAAUUAGAGAAGGUUUAAAAUAAAGAUAUGAUGAAGUUAAUAAAUAAUAUUAAUAAUAUACUCAUCUAAAAAAGUUUGAUACUGUUGGAUUAAAAAGAAGAAAGGAAUAAUAUGAAAAAGAAUUGAUUUAAUUAGAAAAAGACAUGGAUAAAUUGAAAAAAUAAUAUGUAUUUAUAAAAAAAUGA